UUUUGUUUGGAAAACGGCAGUGCAAGUGUGCUCUGUUGAGAAUACAACCGCUUUGAAUAAACAAAAAUAUUGGUGAAUUUAUUAUAAAAUAAAAUGAUUAAACUACUUGUACUCUGCCUCGCAGUGUGCUCCACGUUGGCAGAUUCACGUGAAAAAUUACUAAGAAAUGCAGAAAUGGAUUUACUCCAACUAAUGAUUGACACACGACAGGAGCAGCGUAAUAACCCCGAACAAAGUAUGGCUUGCUUCGAUUACUAUCUGGCACUAUUUGAAAGACUAAAUGAAGAAUAUAAAGCGAGCCAUGAAGCUUGUUUAACCACAGCGGCUGCGGAUAGAGAAGACGUCGAUGAAGGUACAAAUCCUCAGCGUGCGGAAAUAGAAGAAGCCGCGCAGUCAUCAUGUGAAGAGAUGAAAACGUGCGCUAAACACACCGACUCUGUUGACUAUUUUAGCUGUUUUGCCAAGAGUGGCAAAGAGAGUUCUGAGAGUUCGUACAAAAUAUCUGCCGAUGCAAGCGAAAUCCUAGCGGCUGUGCGUGAGAGUUAUCGUGUAAUUGAGAACGAAGAGAAUCGCUGUACGAAUGCCUCAGCACGCACUUAUGUUGAGGAGACCUAUCAGGCUAAUGAGGCUCUGCAAAGCUGUCUGCGUGGGGAGACCACAGUGCCACCUGCAACAGAAAGUCCAACAACAGCUAUUCCUGACUCAAAUGAUAGUGCUAUUAAAAGCAUGAAUGUGCCAGUGGAGAAAUUUCGUCCUGACGAAGCUUACGCUAAUAACUUUAAUACCUUUGAUGAUGCAAAAGUGAAUAAAGACAGAAAAGCAGCUAUAAUAUAAUAAAAAUAAUUGAAAUACUAA